UCCUGUGACAGUAACAAAAUUAAAUACAUAAUUAUGUAAAUAAAAAUUUUUGGCUAAGGAAUUUUUGUUUGUUUAUACGAUUUUAUAAACUCAUUCAUUUUGCUUAGAUAUAUGUAUAACUUGUUUGCAGUUAAAACCAAAACAAAUAGCAUGUGCUCGUUUUGCAGAUUCUAGUUCACAAAUGGCACAAAAAAAAAAAAUUAAAUUUGUUUGCCAAAAUUUUUAAUUGGCAGUAUCAGUAGUAUUUUAGGUUUCGACCUAUUUGUAAUUACAUUUGCUAACAGAAAAUUUUGUAAAUAGAAAGUGAAAGAUAUUCAAAUUAUUUAAAAUGUCUAGUCUUGAUAAUAGAUUAUUAGAAGCUUUUGAAAUUUUAAGCACAGAAGCAAAAGAUUUAUAUUUGGGGAAGAAGAUAUAUGAACUUACAGAAUUGCCUACAUCAUUAGAGUUCACACGAGAUUAUGUUGGUAAAAAUUUACCUGUUGUUAUACGUGGAUGUACACUUCAAUGGCCUAGUGUUCUGAAAUGGAAUUCAAAAUAUUUUCAAAGUAACUUUCCUAAAAAAGAGGUUGUUGUGGCAGUAACACCAAAUGGUUACGCGGAUGGAAUAGGUUUAAAAGAUAAAACGGAAUAUUUUGCUAUGCCAGAAGAAAAAACCAUGACAAUGGAAGAGUUUUUAAGUAAAUUGAAUGAUUCUAAUGGUCUCGUACAUUACAUUCAAAAGCAAAAUUCAAAUUUAACUGACGAUUUCCCUGAAUUAGUAGGGGAUAUUGAUUUUUCAACUUUACAAUUUGCAGAAGAAUCAUUUAAUAAAAAGCCAGAUGCAGUUAAUUUUUGGAUGGGUGACGAAAAAGCUAUUACAUCAAUGCAUAAAGAUCCAUAUGAAAAUAUAUAUUGCGUUGUGUCAGGAUAUAAAGAUUUCUUACUGAUACCCCCAGUGGAUUAUGCAUUUGUUCCAAGAAAACAAUAUCCAACGGGAAUUUUUAAAUCAAAUCCUGAUGGAAGUAUGACAAUAGAACCAAUAUUGGAUGACUCCAAUAAAAAACCUAUGAUAACAGAUUGGGUGAGCAUCGAUCCUUUGAAACCUGAUUUACAAACUUAUCCAAAUUUUAAAAAGGCUUCCAUAUUUGAAGUUCGUGUAAAUGCAGGUGAUAUUUUAUAUCUACCAAGUUUGUGGUAUCAUCAUGUUCGUCAAAGUCAUAAAUGUAUUGCUGUAAAUUUUUGGUACGAUAUGGAUUACGACUCAAAAUAUUGUUAUUACAAAAUGAUAGAAAAAUUAUGUAAUUUUUAACUAUAUUUUUUUAAUUAUAAAUAUCAUGCUAAAAUAAUAUAUUGUAUUUAAUAAAUAGUAAUUAAGUUUUCACACAGUAUUUUAAAUAUAAUAAAUAUUUUCGUGUAA